AUGAGUGCACCUGUUGAAGCUCGGUCGAUAUCUUCGCUCAGUACUCUCCUCUCAAAUCCUCCCCGAUACCCGCGAAAUCCCACCCAUCAAAUCCAUGAAUCCCUCGUCCUCUACAUUGUUCGGGUGCCGGGCAGCAAAGAUGUGUUCCUCACACCGCUCAAGCCGCCUACCAAGACCUCCAUAAGCAUCGAGGCCGUCCAGUCAAGUCUGUAUUUUCUUCACGUCGAAAGGCCCGAAGAUGAAGAGCUGCGGAUGUCUCUGGAGGCCACCAAGAUAGCCGAAAGUCGCAACAACGAGAACAUCCCCAUCCAGAGGAAGCCUCUGCCUCCUGCACCCUAUGCCAACUAUCCCGCCGCUCAGCGGCCUCUCACUCCGCCCAAGAGCUACCCACACUACCAGCCCCCAUUGACGGACUCUCCAACGGCGACCCAAGUCGAGCGACAUGCGGCUAGAGGAGCCCAUCUAAGACUCAACACUUCUGAGGCAAUCAAUCCCUCGGGUAUCCCACGCAAGCCAGUUGUUCCACGGCAUAUGCCGCCGCGCUCAUUUGCCGAGUCGUCAUCUGUCAGGACUGACCGGACAAGUGGUGAGCCCCUCAGCGGUCUUGAUGACGAACAGAGAAAGUCCAGCCUGGCCAGGAAACCCGUUCAGCCGGCAUCCCCAGCCGGCGCAUACGUGAAAAGUGAUGCAGGCUGUGAUGGUGCAUCUUCGAUAGUUGACAUCCCACAACGAGCUUUCCCCAACCCAAGCCUCUCUGGUUAUGGUGCGACCAAGACAGUCGAACAUCUGUCACCUCACACCUUGCGGAUCACCUUAAUUCGCAGGGAUCCUGCGUCUGGCAGCCAGUGGAAUGUGGGAAGCAUAACCUAUCGAGACUCGACGGCACAGGAAAAUCCCUUAAGGGGAUUCGAGGUUGAUCUUACCUCUCCAGGAUAUGUCAAGUUCGCCCAAUUGGAAGGCAGCUCAGCCAAUGGCUUAAAUAGGAGAGUGGCUUAUAUGUUUGUUCCUAACAACGAAGGAUCACCUACGACCAGGAAAAGAAGUAACUCUUCUGAACUGUUUUCGAGCAAUGGUACCUCCAGCAGAAAGCCGCGUCAAGCCCUUUCAUUCAUCUCACCAUGGCAGGGCAUGUGCUCUUUCAGUAAUGGAUUAGAUGGCAAAAGCAUACGAUGUCGACAUACAUUACCAACUGCAAAUCCAUCCAUGUCGGCUGGUGCUGCCGACGUUGCAGAAUUACGCUUCAAUCUGCCUUGGUCCAUUCUUCGCCUCAAAGAUCCCAACAAGCAAGGGAAAGAGGCAUCAGCAGUGUUACCCAGCAUGCCUUCAUCGCGUCCGGCGAAUGCGUCCAACCGAGAACAGUGGAGACGAAGUUUCCAAGCACUGACUCACAAAGCGCGGAUGCAAGUUUCCCAUCUUGAAAGCAGCACUGACAGUCCACGGAUUGUACACUCCAAGAGGGAUUCAACUCAGCCUCCCGAGGCGGGCGAAGAAGAUCGCAUGAACUUGGCUCUCGGGCGGGAGAGAGCCGGAGGCGGUUUCAAAGGCCAGAGUGCCAAACUGGGCAAGCUGAUCAUCGACGAUGAAGGCUUGAAGAUGUGUGAUCUGGUCGUGGCAGCAAGUAUGGGAGUUUGGUGGCAGCAUUACUCUGGGGACCGGUCGCAUUAA